AACCCCCAACCCAGAAGCAGUAAACAACUAAUAAAGCAAAUACUGUAAUGAAGAAUCGGAUCUGGAUUCAUUUCUUCAUUGCUCAUCUCACCUCAAUAAAUUUUCUAAACUCCAACUUCCCCUUUUAAUUUCUUUUUAAUAAAUAAACAAUUGACCCCAUCAUGACCCCGACCACCUUAAACAAAACCCCAAAUUUCACCCUCUUUCUCUUCCUCUCGACAGAAGGUAGCUGCAGCAAACAAGAGAAGAGGAAACCAGGAAUUUCGCUCUAUUAACACUUUUUUUUUUUUGCUCGAAACCAAGUGGGGUCAAGAGAAAAGGAGAAAGAAAACAAUGGGUUUCGCUUCAUUUGUUGGACGAGUUUUCUUUGCUUCUAUUUUCAUUCUCUCCGCUUGGCAAAUGUUCAAUGAAUUUGGGCCUGAUGGCGGGCCUGCGGCAAAGGAGUUGAUACCAAAGCUUGAUCUUGCUAAGAAACAUAUAUCUUCUCAGCUCCAUGUAAAUUUGCCAGAUAUCGAAGUUAGACAAUUAGUUGCAGCUGCCAUUGCUUUGAAAGGACUUGGUGCUAUUCUAUUUGUAUUUGGCCAUGGCUUUGGAGCCUUUCUCCUGUUUGUCUAUUUGCUGGUUAGCACUCCUAUUCUAUGUGACUUCUACAACUAUGCUCCCAAUGAUCACCAGUACUCUGUUCUUCACAGUGAUUUCUUGCAGUGUGUUGCACAAUGUGGUGCAUUAAUUUUCUUCUGGGGGAUGAAGAACUCGAUCCCAAAGAGGCAACUAAAGAAGAAGGUCCCAAAGCCAAAAGCUGCUUAGCUAUAUUGUGCUGGAGUCAUGGAUGCCAUUUAAGACUGCAAAACUUUCGGUACUCAUUAAUGUUUCAUGCAGCCAUUCAAGUUUUUUUAAAAUGAAGCAAGAAAUUGCCUCUGCUAUGAUUACGAGUUCAAAGGGGACUGGAAAAUAUCAGGAUACCGGCUUCGGUUUUUUUUAUUGUUUUCCAGUUUUGAUCUGAUUUUUUGCACCUCACCUCUCUUGGCUCAUUCAUUGUUCCACUUCUACUCAUGAAUUUGCAGUUGAUGUUCCAUGUGCCAAUAUCAACGGUUUUUGUUACUGCAAUCAUACAAUUAUUUAAUUACAACAAAGAAUU